AUGGCCAGACAAAGAGAUUCUGACGGUAAGCCCCCUCAAUUGACAUACCCAACCUUGAGUGAAAUAUGCAGGCUCUUCGUCACCCCCUACGAUCCUAAUCCGUGCAGAAAAGAGGGACCUAUGCGACUGACGUUUAAUCACUACCGAAAGUCAAGAUUUGGACAAGAACUUGCUGAUGGAAGGAGAGAUGUGUCACCAUGUCCCAUCAGUGGGUGUAGGAUGGACCUGAAAAGCAAUGACGAAUGGAGAGCUCAUCUACGUCUUGUACACGGAAUAUCUGAAAGAGUGGACUUACAGAAGGACUCUCAUGACACGCAAGGAACAACAAGAUCACAUGUUGGAGAACAUCGUAAUAAGUCUGUAAGUUGCCGCAAAUAUUCCAAAACAGAGAGUAGAAUUGUUGAAUGUAAUGACAAAUUUGGCAAAAAGCAAGAUUUUCUCAGUUGUGAGGGAAAAACUGUUAAAGCUGAACUACACGAUGAAGUUACGAACAGAAGUGAAGCGUUUGUUAAGAUAGAACAAGAUGAUGAUAUUUUCGAAACAUCAUCUCCAGUGAUCAAGGAGGAGCCUGUUACACCAGAAAAGACGAGCAGAAAGGACGAACAGAAUGAUAGCAAGAAAAAUAUGUUGCCAAUGGAAAUAGUAGUUAAAGAGGAACCACCAUCACCUCCAUCCGAACAAAUAGGCUGGCGCAAUCUAAAAUUUGAAGACAGGAUGAUUGACUUUUCCUCACAAUUCCCCACUCUCUCUGUGUUUAUUAGACGAAUCAAAUGCCUCUACACUAUUUGA